AUUUCCGCUCUCCCCCUGCAUUCUCUUCAUUACCUUUCAGUCUUAGAAUGCUCCUUUUCUGCUUCGCAGCAUGAGUUCCACUGCCGACCACACGCGCACAUCUAGCGCUUCCCAUCCCCCCUGGAUCACGGAAGCACAGGAGACGCAAUUGCUGCGAGAAGAGAGGACUCUGGUGGUCGGACAGACCCUGUCAUUGAACCUAGGAAGCGAGUCGCUUCUUGUCGUCGAUGAGCGUGCUGCUGCCAAGUCAAAGGAUCGUGGUUGUUGUAAACUACCAAUACAGAAAACGAAGGUCACCCAUGCCAUUGCUCUAUACAACAUCCUCGAUGCGCAGCUCUCCGCAGACGGUCUGACAAUCAAGUUCGCGAAACAUUCGUCCAGUAAUGAUAUCUCCGUCACUUCGAUCCGAUAUCCUAUUCACGGGGAGGAAAAAGAGAUUGUGGAAGCGUGGACGAAGAGGCUACUCGACCUUGCAUAUGGAGAUGCGCGGAAGCACAAGAGGCUCAAGGUCCUGAUCAAUCCGUUCGGCGGUAAAGGUAAUGCUGCGAAUUUGUACAAGAAACAUGCCGCUCCGAUCUUUGCUGCGGCCCGAUGUCAUGUCGAUGUCCAGCACACAACGCAUCGUGGCCAUGCGACGGAGAUUGCGGAGCAGAUCGACAUCAACGCGUACGAUGCUAUUGUCUGCUGCUCCGGGGAUGGGCUACCAUACGAAGUGUUCAACGGACUGGGUAAAAGAUUCGAUGCUCAACAUGCCCUAUCCAAAAUUGCCGUAGCCAUGAUACCCUGUGGUUCUGGCAACGCCAUGGCGUGGAACCUUUCUGGAACGGGAAGCGUCUCCGUAACUGCCCUGACAAUUGUCAAAGGCAUACACACACCUCUAGACCUUGUCUCGAUUACGCAAGGGAACACUCGUACGCUGUCAUUUCUGUCUCAAGCCUUCGGCAUCGUAGCCGAGUGUGACCUGGGCACGGAGAAAUACCGCUGGAUGGGCGCGCACCGCUUCACAUUCGGGUUCUUAGUCCGUCUCCUGCACAAGACAGUAUGGCCUUGCGAUCUCGCGGUGAAGGUUGAAAUUGGAAGCAAGAACGCCAUCAAACACCACUAUGCCGCAUACACAAUUAAAGAUCCCACCAGACGUGAAGUCCCAGAUGACGAGGAGGCAUCGGGACAGCAAUCUCAGGGCUUGCCCCCUCUCAAAUACGGCACGGUCAAGGACAAGCUCCCCGAAGACUGGGAGAUCAUCCCAUCCGAGACGCUAGGUAACUUCUAUGCCGGAAAUAUGGCCAUCGUGUCAAAGGAUACCAACUUCUUCCCAGCCGCUGUGCCAAAUGAUGGAUUGAUAGACAUUGUGACCGUUGACGGCACCAUCCCACGCACCACCACACUGAAGAUGAUGGACCAGAUAUCCGAUGGUGGUUUCUUCGGCAUGCCGGACGUUAAGGUCUGCAAGGCGUCCGCGUAUCGUCUCACGCCCCGAGAGAAAGAAGGCUAUAUCAGUGUCGAUGGUGAAAGGAUCCCGUUCGAGCCAUUCCAGGUCGAAGUGCAUCAGGGUCUAGGGACGGUGCUGUCCAAAUCCGGCUAUAUCUAUGAAGCCUCUGGUCCGAAGUAAUAUUCUUAUUAUACUUGUGAAUUGUAGGUAAAUGGGCGCUUUUGUUUUAUUUUAUUUUUACCUUUCUCAUGUACACUAUUAUUCUUUAAUUCCUUGUCUUUGCCCCCUUGGCUUGGAUCAUGAUACCCUCUUGUCCAGACAGACAUCCGGAACCUCGAACACAAUCUUUUAAAGACUUUUUUUUAUUUUUGGACCUACUCCUCUUUUUGGGUUUCUGUAAUGCUAUGCUUGGAGACGUUAUUAUCAGCCUGCUCAUUCCUUUUGUCUACCGGCUAGCGUUAGAAUCAUACCAGGAGUCAGGACUAUU